GAUCUCCUGAGGAAAUAAACGAGAUCAUCCUCCUCCCCUGUGGCGCUUGGAGAGGAGUGCGGUAGAGAGUCCUAUCUGAGGUGAUCUGACAGACCGAGGAAGAAACCGAUAAGUAGAAAAAAAAAAAGAAAUAAUCUAAAGCUGCCCUGCUUUGUGCGCGAGACAGGAAGAGAAGAGACAACAUAUAUACACUCGGAGGAAAUUCCUCCCUCUGGCUGCGCAAAGAUGGGGAACCGGGGAAUGGAGGAUUUGAUUCCGAUGGUGAACCGAAUGCAGGAUGCCUUCACCGCAAUCGGACAAAACGCCAACCUGGACCUGCCGCAGAUCGCCGUGGUGGGCGGCCAGAGCGCAGGGAAGAGCUCGGUGCUGGAGAACUUCGUCGGGAAGGAUUUCCUUCCCCGUGGGUCUGGCAUCGUGACUCGUCGCCCUUUGGUUCUGCAGCUGAUGAACAGCCCCACAGAACAUGCUGAAUUUCUGCACUGCAAGGGCAAAAAAUUCACAGACUUUGAUGAAGUCCGGCAGGAGAUUGAGGCUGAGACUGACCGCGUCACAGGAGCCAACAAGGGCAUCUCCCCAGUUCCAAUUAACCUGCGAGUCUAUUCACCUCAUGUGUUGAACCUGACGCUGGUGGACCUGCCGGGAAUGACCAAGGUGCCUGUGGGCGAUCAGCCCGCAGACAUCGAGGCCCAGAUCAGGGACAUGCUGUUGCAGUUUGUCACCAAGGAGAAUUGUCUGAUGUUGGCCGUGUCCCCGGCUAACUCGGAUCUAGCCAACUCUGAUGCUUUAAAGAUUGCCAAAGAGGUCGACCCUCAGGGCUUAAGGACAAUUGGUGUGAUUACCAAGCUUGACCUGAUGGAUGAGGGGACAGACGCUAAAGACAUCCUGGAGAACAAACUUCUUCCACUCCGGAGGGGCUACAUUGGUGUGGUGAACAGAAGCCAAAAGGACAUAGAUGGAAAGAAGGACAUAAAUGCUGCCAUAGCUGCUGAGAGGAAGUUCUUCCUCUCUCAUCCUGCGUACAGACACCUGGCAGACCGUAUGGGCACACCCUAUCUACAGAAAGUCCUCAAUGAGCAACUAACCAACCACAUUCGGGACACGCUGCCUGCUCUGCGGUCCAAGCUGCAGAGUCAGCUCCUCUCUAUAGAGAAGGAGGUAGAGGAGUACAAAAACUUCCGGCCUGAUGAUCCGUCUCGCAAAACCAAGGUUCUUCUCCAGAUGGUGCAGCAGUUCUCUGUGGACUUUGAUAAGUGCAUAGAGGGCUCUGGAGACAAGAUUGACACGGCAGAACUGUCAGGAGGUGCCAAGAUCAAUCGGAUCUUCCAUGAACGAUUCCCCUUUGAACUGGUCAAGAUGGAGUUCAAUGAGAAGGAGCUCCGCAAGGAGAUCAGCUAUGCUAUCAAGAACAUUCAUGGCAUCAGAACCGGCCUCUUCACCCCGGACAUGGCCUUUGAGACCAUUGUGAAAAGGCAGAUCGGGAAGAUAAAAGAGCCUUGCACCAAAUGCGUGGACAUGGUCAUUUCUGAGCUAGUCAGUACAGUUAGGCAGUGUACCAAGAAGCUGGCUCAAUAUCCCCUGCUGAGAGAGGAGAUGGAGAGGAUUGUUACCCAGCACAUCAGAGACAGAGAGAGAGACACAAAAGAACAGGUGCUGCUAUUAAUAGAUAUUGAGUUAUCAUAUAUGAACACCAACCAUGAAGACUUCAUUGGAUUUGCCAACGCUCAGCAGAGGAUCAACCAAAUAAACAAGAAGAAGGCAGCCGGCAACCAGGAUGAAAUCAUGCCUGAGAGAGGAGUUAACGAUCGGUUCAAGGUCAUCAGAAAGGGAUGGCUGACCAUCAACAACAUUGGCAUCAUGAAGGGCGGAGCCAAGGAGUACUGGUUCGUCCUCACUGCUGAGUCUCUGUCCUGGUACAAAGAUGAUGAGGAAAAAGAGAAGAAGUACAUGCUCCAGGUGGACAACUUGAAGCUGAGGGAUGUCGAGAAGGGUUUCAUGUCCAGCAAGCAUAUUUUUGCCCUCUUCAACACUGAGCAGAGAAAUGUGUAUAAGGACUACCGUCAGCUGGAGCUGGCCUGUGAGAGUCAGGAAGACGUAGAUGCCUGGAAAGCCUCCUUCCUCAGAGCUGGAGUUUAUCCUGAGCGUGUCACGGAAAAAGAAGGGAAGAGUGAUGGUGGGGAUGAUAACGACUCGGACAACUUGAUGCACAGCAUGGACCCUCAGCUGGAGCGGCAGGUGGAGACCAUCCGCAACCUGGUUGACUCCUACAUGUCCAUCGUCAACAAGACUGUGCGGGACCUGAUGCCAAAGACCAUCAUGCACCUCAUGAUCAACAACACUAAGGAAUUCAUUAAUGCCGAGCUGCUGGCACAGCUGUACUCCUGCGGAGACCAAAACUCCCUGAUGGAGGAGUCUCAGGAGCAGGCGCAGCACCGUGACGAGAUGCUGCGGAUGUACCACGCCCUGCGAGAGGCCCUCCGGAUCAUCGGCGACAUCAGCACAACCACCGUGAGCACGGCCAACCCACCACCCGUGGAUGACUCCUGGCUGCAGGUGCAGCGGGGCAGUCCUGGGGGAAGAUCUCCAGCAACUAGUCCCACCCCAAACCGAAGGGCUCCACCAGGACCUCCAGCUCGUCCAGGGUCCCGCGGUCCUCCGCCCGGGCCUCCUCCUGCUGGAGGUCCUCCUGUUCCGUCUCGCCCUGGAGCUUCUCUGGACCCCCACGCUGGACCCCCACCCUCUGUGCCAUCCCGCCCAAACCGCGCUCCUCCGAGCGUGCCGAGUGGUCAAGGGGGCGAGUGAGAGCCUGCAAACAGUCUAUGCACUGAACUAGCUUGUGCUCCGUGUGUUUCGCCGUCACAUUGCUGUUUCAAACCUGUCUUUUUAAAACUUUCCUUUUUUGUAACCACUAAGCUUGUUGUGAUUGAUUGUAAUUUGUCUCCAUUGCACUUAAAGAAAAAUAAGAUCUUUGUAUUCUAACUAAGUCAUUUUAAAAAAUAUCCACUCCUUGUGCAUCUUUGUGCCCCGUGUCUUCACAGCAACAAAGCAUAUUUUGCAACUUUAAGUUAGUUUACAUACCAUUAUGUGAUCUUAUGUAUGUGUAUAGUGCAUCUUAUCAGACUUGUACUCCCAGUGUUUAGAAAGUUUAGCCUCCGCUGUGUGAAACAGCUCAAUAUUUAAAUUAUUACAAAUAUGCGUAUGAAAUACAGUUUCAAAUGAAUAAAAAAACAAAUAAAGACGUGAA